AAGCUCACGUGAUCGCCUGGGCGCAGAUGUGGGCACCAGUCCGGGUGCCCGCCCUGCCUCCCCGCCGUCCGACCCGGAGCUGUCUGCGAGCUCCUAAUUGUUGCUCCAGGUUCUUUCAGGUCUGCGCGUCUGCUGUUCUCAGCACUCUGCUAGGCUAGAAAAGGAGGAGGAACCUGUCCAGAAUUCCCGCAGGACAGGAAAAGGAGGGGAAAUCUCAACAUGGAAAAACUCUGCAAUGAAAAUGAAGAAAUGCCUGAGAACCAAGGAAAGAUGGAAAAAAAAGAACAGCCACUGGAUACGGGAAAGCCGGAAGUAGCUUGUAGUCUGGAAGACAAGGAAAAGUUAGAAAAGGAGAGAAAGACAGAUCACAAGGGAAAGACAGAAGAUGAGGAAAUACUAAAGGAUAAGGAAAAGCAAGAGAGUGAGGCAAAGCCAAAAGAAGAAGGAAAAGCAGAGAGCCAGGGAAAGGCAGAGAGCCAGGGAAAGCCAAAAGAAGAAGGACAGCCAGUCAGCGAACCAAGGGCUGCAGGAAAGCGCCCAGCUGGGGAUGAUGUACCCAGGAAAGCCAAAAGAAAAACCAACAAGGGGCUGGCUCAGUGCCUCAAGGAAUAUAAGGAGGCCAUACACGAUAUGCAUUUGAGCAAUGAGGAGAUGAUAAGAGAAUUUGACGAGAUGGCUAGGGUGGAGGAUGAGGUGAAGAAAACCAGACAGAAAUUGGGGGGGUUUAUGUGGAUGCAAAAAAGCUUACAGGACCCCUUCCACCCAAGGGGUCCAAGGGAACUCAGGGGUGGCUGCAGGGCCCCACAAAGGGGCUUUGAAGACAUUCCUUUUGUGUAGUGCCCUGGCCAGUAGGUGCCAGGCCCUGUGCUUUAACCUUAGGCUGAUGCUUUACUUUAGGUGUCACUCUUGUUACCCAACUGCAGCCCUCUAUGUUUCAGUAGCAGAUUUUCAUCCAUUGCAUGGCAAAAUGUUUAUGGUGCAUUGUAAAAUUAAAAAGAAAACAGUUUGCAGAACCAUAUAUACGGCAUCAGUCCGUUUUUGUAAAACUACCAAGAUAUUUAGCUAGUGAUCUAUGUACAGAAAAAAUUCUAAAAGCCGUGUCCACUAAAAGAUGAACAGUGGUUAUCUGUGGGUGAUUUUUUUUUCCUGUUCUUUUUUUGUUCAACAUAUUUCUCCUAAAAAACACAGAUCACUUUUGUCAUAACAACAAUGAAAGAUAAAAAAUAGAAAAACAAUAUAUACCAAGCAAUCAAAAUAACUGUUAAGUGAGCUUAUGAAGGCAGUGGAGGGACUUAAAAUUCUUGGUGUCAGGAUGUAAAAUGAUCCAUAAAACUCCGAUUACCUCUGAGACUCAAAGCUGGAGGAAUCAACCUGGCGGUGAUUACAGACCCAUUGCUGUAAGGACAGUCUUGUCAUCUGUGAAAUGGGGAUCAAACUUGCCUUCCAGGGCUGUGGAGAAGAUCAGAUGAGGUAUCGAGUGUGUGAACUGCAUUGGGCCGGCUCCUGCCCUGUCCCCUGCACUUGCAGGACCAGAACCCCGUCAGACGUUUGGGGGAGGGCUGAGGGGGCUCUCACCUGUCCCAAGGAAUAAGUCCAGACAGCUGAAAGGUGGGUGCCACUCUCCCCUGGGUAAUACCAUGACUGAGGACACUGUGCCUCUUCUCAUGGGUCCUGCACCCUCUUAAGGCCCCCAUUGCUACUGGUGGGCUGGAGACCAUGAUGGACUAAAGCAAUACAGUGUCUCAACAGAGGGGUGGAGAAUUCUUCUCUACCCACAUCAGAGCUACCCUAACUCAGGUGGGUAGUACAGAGUUGUCACUUGGGCCUUGAUAUUUUAUAAAGUUCUUAUAAAACACCCCUUUCCAAGUUUUUUGUUGGUUUGUGUGUGUGUUUGCAUAUAGCCAUCUCCACUGGAUUUAGAUACUAGAGAUUGAGCCAAGAGAAAAAUCUGAGUGACCAGGUGCUAUGCUGUUCUCACCUGUUAAUCCCCUGUCUGCUGAGACUUUUUUCUUAGAAGGAGUUGUCUCCCAGGAAAUUCCUGUUAAGCCCUGCCUUACCAUUUCAACAGACCCAUCUACCUAUGUGCUUUUUUUUUUCCUGGCUCUUCAUUAGCCUUUUAUUUGCUUAUAGAGUUUUUUUAAAUAAACCUUUGUUUUAGGACAGUUGUAGAUUUGCAGAAUUAUUGCAAAAGUAGUACAGAUUUUCUAUAUACCCCAAACCUAGUAUCCCCUAUUAUUAACAUCUUACAUUAGUGUGGUGCAUUUGUCACAGUGAACCAUACAUUAUUAUUUACCAAAGUACACACUUUAUUCAGAUUUUCUCAGUUUUUCCCUAAUGUCCUUUUUCUGUUCCAGGAUCUCAUCCAGGUUACCAUCUUACAUUUAGUCGUCAUUUC